AUGGAAGCUAAUUUAGCAGCCAGACAUGUUUGCAAGCUCUGCAACAAGAGCUUUGCUUGUGGCAGAUCCUUGGGAGGUCAUAUGAGGUCUCAUUUGACCAAUAACUUAGCUGAUAAUAAUGAUGAGAAACAUAGCAGAACAAGUCUUCAACUUGCAAAUUACAGUGCUGGAAGCUUAUCAUACAUGGAGGAGGACACAGAUUUGGAAGGUGGAAAUUUUGGUUAUGGUCUCAGAAAGAACCCGAAAAAGACUCAGAAACUUAAGUUCUUAGGUGAAGAACCGUCGCUCCUAGACAAGUUUUGCAGACAGUGUGGUAAAGGGUUUCAAUCAUGGAAGAGUCUUUUUGGCCACAUGAAAUGCCACUCUGAGAGAGCACUCGUUUCCAGUAGUCAAGAGCUGGAAGAACCAGAUUCUUAUAUCACUGAUGCCAAACAGAAGGUGGUCAUGGACAUCCAAUCUGAUAAUGAAACAGAAGCUCCCAACAAGAGAAAGAGAUCAACAAGGAGAAGAACAGCCCAAAUGGGCACUGCUGCUAAUUCAACUUCUUUCUCCUUUGCCACAAAUUCUUCCUCUGUUUCAGAAAUUGAGCAAGAACAAGAAGUUGCCAUUUCCUUGAUGUUACUUUCCAUGGAUGCGGGAAAUUGGGUUGGUUUCAAUUCCCCAGCUGAGUCCUCAGAUAACAGUUCAAAGUUUCUUGAAGCCCCAUCUGUUGUUGAGAGCAAAACCUCCUCUGUGAAGCAGUCAGAGCACAGUUCUUCUGGGUUUAUCAACAAAGGAAAACUGAUAAUGAAAACUCAACCCGAUCAAAGAGCUGGAUCUAAAACUUUCCCCAAGAAAAAUGACCAAAACCAAGCUAGAUUCAGCUCUGAUACGUUCUUGAAAUCUCGAAAGAAGACACUAGCAGAGUUUUGGGAUUCAAAAAUCUGCAAGAAGCCCAAAAAGAGAAGCAAAUUUGAGUGUAAUAUUUGCUACAAGAUCUUUCACUCAUAUCAAGCACUUGGUGGGCAUAGAGCAAGCCACAAGAAAAUAAAGGGCUGUUUCGUCGAGUCCCCCAUGGAAGAGGAGGAAGAAGAAGAAAUGGGCAGUGAGAGCAGCCUAGAAGUGGCCAUUUCUGCAGACCCAACAGCCGAAAGCAAGCUUCGGAAAGGCCUCAACAAUGGCGGUCGAAGCGAAGAAGACGAAAUGGGUUCCCAGAUUCCAAAAAAGAUCAACAAACACAAGUGCCCAGUUUGCAAUAAAUUGUUCGCAUCAGGUCAAGCACUUGGUGGGCAUAAAAGAUCGCAUUUGAUCAAUGGAUCAGAGUCGUCCAAAAACAGAGAACCCACUGAAAUUCCAAAGCAAGUCCCAGAAAUUAGGGGGUUUUUGGACCUGAAUCUUCCUCCUGAACCUGCUGAAAGAGAACCCAAGGACCACAACCUAGCAUCAUUAAACCCAUGGUGGGUUGCACCCAAUGAACACAAGCAUGAAGCUCUUGUGAACGUGGGGUUUCAUAUCUAA